GUCAUUGAUGUCUCUUUUGUGACUCUGUUUCAGCAAAAGAAACAUUUGAUGAAUGGUUUGAAUCAGUGAUCGAUUGACUCGUUUUGUAAACAAAUCAUUUGAUUAUCAAAUGCAAUGAAGAUGUCAAUCAAAGACACCAAAGAAGUCGAAGAGAUUCUCGAUUCGCGAACAAAGGAUAAUAAAAGAGAGUAUUUGGUUCGUUGGGCGCAGACCUGGGAGGCAGAGGAUCAACUCAACUGCACUCAACUUAUCCAAGAGUUUAAGUCACGUAACGGACUCUUAGACAUCAACAAUGACUCCAAUGCUGAUGAAGAUAAUGAGGAUAUCAAUGAAGAUAAUAUCAGUGAUAACAAUGACAAUGAAGUCGAAGACAUUAAAAACACUCCGAGACGUCGAUCGACCAGAAAGACGACUAAAUCAAUAAAUCGCAAGAAAGGAGUGCACAGAAAGAAGUUGAGAGUAAAAGUGGAGGACACGACCUAUUCGUGUCAAUUGUGCUCUUUUGUCUGCCAUUGGAAUCGCGAGUAUUAUAAACACAUGAAAUCACAUUUUUCUGGUCCGCCCUAUAAGUGUUCAGACUGUGAGUAUAGCUGUGAUCGGAUUCAAUUCAUUUUAUCACAUCGUAUGAGACAUACAGAUGAACGACCGUUUGAGUGUGAAUUGUGUCCGUUUAAGACACGAACAAAAGGUAAUCUUAUAGUUCACAUGAGAAUACAUACCGGAGAGAAACCUUUCAGUUGUGAUCUCUGUGGACGUGCUUUUGCUAUGAAGAAUACUUUAGACCAGCAUUUGGCCACUCAUAAGGAGGACCGACCUUUUCUGUGUGAUAGUUGUGGAUUUACCACCAAAUAUCAAUCACAUCUAUUAUCACAUAAACGCAUUCACACAGGGAAUGUGUUUCACUGUGAAGAGCCCAACUGUACGUAUUCAUCUCCACGGAGGUCACAGUUAGCCGCACAUAUCAGAAGCCAUCUCUCCAUUCGGUCGCAUAUAUGCUCAACAUGUGGCAGAGCUUUCAUCGAGAAAAGCCAUUUAAUAAGACAUGAAAGGAUCCAUUUGGAUGAAAAACCUUUUAAAUGUCAACAAUGCGAAUAUGGAAGUACUCGAAGAGAUAAACUUAAAGAACACAUUAUUAAACAUCACAGCGGAGACCAACCGAUAAAAAACACUUAUAGACCGCGUAAAUCGCGGCGACAAACCAUUAACGCCAACGACACUGUCGACGAAUCACAAGAAGACACUAUUAUUACUUUCCAAUCUCAAGAUGACUCACAAUCACAAGUAAUUGUUGGUUCGCCACAAGAAAUACAGAUAACUCAAUCACAAUUGUCUGAACAAGAAUUAUGUGCCGCAACAACCAGUCUUAUAUAUGAAUACAAUUCUUCCGGUGAAUUGACUGUUUCUCCCGCCAGAGUUGUCAUACAAUCAGGAAUACCAACCGUAACCUAUGAAUCAGUGGAUCAAUCAGUUGUGGAUCUUAUAGUUGAACACCAGAAACAAAAUAAUAACUCUCCGACUCGUGUUGUUAUCCAAUCUAUUCCUUCAUCUAAUUGUAUUGUAACAGAUCAGAGCAAAGGCAGUCCUAACGCCAACUCAAACAAUAAUUCAUCAGAAAUUGGAGGUCUCAGUGCUUUUAUGGCUCUUUUCUAA